CCUGUUCGGUCCUGGGCUUGGGGCUAUGUCAGUCUCCGAGAGGGCGGUAAGACCAUGCUCUACAUCUUCGCCGGAUUUGGAUCCUCUGUUGAAGGAUCUCACAGAGAAGAAGUUGAGCUUCAGAAGAAACGUUGCAUCUCUGGCGUCUGAGCUCAAAGAUGUGAGGAACAAGCUUGCUUCACAGGAGCAGUUGUUUACUAGGGAAUCCCAAACUAGGAAGGUUGCAGAGACGAAGGCAAGGAGCAUGGAAGAGGAAGUGAGUAAACUUCAGAAAUGCUUACUGGAUAAAGAUGAGCAACUGCGUGCAACCACGGGUAGCACCGAACAGUAUCUCCAUGAUUUGGAUGAACUUAGAUCACGUAUGUCAGUUACCCAAGCUACAGCAGAAGCUAGCGCUGCAUCAGCCAAGUCAGCUGAGUCACAGUGCUUGUCCUUGUUGAAGGAGUUGAAUGACAAGGACCGCUCACUGAAAGAGCAUGAGCUUCGAGUUAAUAAGCUCGGGGAGCAGCUAGCCCUUCUCCAGAAGGACCUUGAGGCGAGAGAGUUUUCACAGAGGCAACUCAAGGAUGAAGUCUUGAGGAUUGAGACCGACAUCAUGGAUGCAGUUUCCAAAGCUGGGUCUAAAAAAGAUAAUGAACUUCUGAAGAUUUUGUCUGAUGUUUCGCCAAGGAAUGUUGAGAAUAUUAGCAAGCAUUUAAAUGCUAAGGAUACAGAGAUUGCCAGGUUGAGAGAUGAAAUCAGGAUAUUAUCUGCUCAUUGGACAAACAAAACAAAGGAGCUAGAGUCACAACUAGAGAAGCAGCGCAGAACCGAUCAGGAGCUGAAAAAGAGGGUUCUGAAACUUGAAUUCUGCCUCCAAGAAUCACGGUCUCAGAUCCGAAAACUUCAGAGGGUGGGGGAGAAGAGGGACAAGCAACUUAAGGAGCUCAAGGAUCAGGUGGUCGCGAAACACCCAAAUGGCUCUCGCCAUGACUACAACAGCGACAACGGCAAGCACAACUUCUGGGAGAGCCAGGGGUUCAAGUUCGUCGCAUCAAUGUCAAUGCUUGCUCUAGUGAUCCUCACAAAGCGUUGAGAAGAGCGUAAUCCUUUGUAGAGAAGUUAGGUUCCAGAUGUUAUUUGGUGAGCAGCUAGCUCGCUCUGUAGUUUAAAAUUAGGUUUAGACUGGGCAUACUACAUUGCCAGAUGUUCAGAGACCAGAAUUUGCCGACAUCCAAGUUUAGGCUAGGUCCGUAGCAGUGUAGGGCAGCUGCUAGUUCUUGUAAGAUAGUACAGUAGUAAUCCUGUGAUGUUAAUGAGAUUCUGCUUUGCUUAGGACUAUAUAAUCUUUAGCAUCUAGUGCAUGGCCAA